GUCAAUUCUCUAGGGUUCUCCAAGAAUACCAUCAUAUCAUCUGCAAAGAGUGAUAAUUUUGUUUUCCUGGUACUUUUUGGAGCAAGAAGGAUCAGGGUCCUAACUUUCUGCCCAUUUCUCAGGGCAAUCUGCUCUUCCCAAAGAUUAUGAGUGACACGUGGAAAAUCUCAGUGUUUUGCAGUGUGACCACAGUCCAGUGCUCUUUCCACUGUGCAACCUAGAUGACUCUAGAUGACAUCAGAUGGCCUUUGAGGACCCCUUCCACUGUGCAAUUCUGUGAAUGAAAUAUAGAAUGAAGAACAUCAAGUGUGCUCAGAUUUCUUCCUGGACUGCCUGAUAUAUAAUAGGUGCUUAAUACAUGCUGCUUGUUUGAGUGUAAGAAGGAGAAGAAAGGGAGGCUAAGCUGUUCAAGAAGCAUUUACUUAGUGGUAGGGAGCAGAGAAUGAAGCAAUUAUAAUGCUUUAUAAUUAUAAGUAAUUAGUAAUGAAGCCAGGCCCCACAAGCCUCAUCUGUCAAUCGAGAAACUAUUAUUGAAUAGCAGGUACUGUGAUGAGCCUUGGUGUACAAGGUCAAAAGUGAAACUCUCUUGCCCUCAUGGAACAUACACGCUAAGAAUGGUAAGAAGUCUUUGGGCCGCCCCCAAGUAGAAUGGACGGCACAAAGAAUUCCUAUGAUGAUGUCACAAGGCUGGGGAAGGGGAAGUCUGCAUUCUGACCCUGAGCGAGUGAGCUCCACUCACUGUGCCUGAGGCCUAGAGCAAACCUGUUCGUAAGCCUGCCCCUUGGCUUUUUAAGACACCACCAUAGAUAGUGUGAUGCUCCACUCUUUUGCUCUGAAGGGGAUGUGGAGUGGCUAAGGCAGGGUGAGCAGAAGCUGGCUGGUUCCUUUCACUCCCUUCUUCGCAGAGCUGUUCACUCCCAGGUGCUGCCAUCACCAGUUAGACCAGAAGCCAGCGUGUGUCAACUGCCUGGUCAAAACUACCAUCCUGGCGGAGAAUGAGGUGGAGGCCAACAAGUUAUCUAAUAACUACAAGUUUGGGUUCAAGAAGUGGAAGGGUCACAUGACUGCUCGGCCCUGGGAAGACCGAUCAGAGAUCGUGAGGGAGCUCUACACUGACCUGUGUACCAUCAGAAGCCCUCCUGGCUCCUCCGUGACCUGGGGGAAUGUCUUCUAUGUGUUGCUGUUUGGCUGGUGGCUUUCCCUGGUCUACCUCCUCAUGUCUGCACUGAUGUUUCUCACCAUCCUGGCAACUCCUUAUGGGAAACUAUGCUGGCAUCUCGCUGGAUAUUUGUUCUGGCCAUUUGAUAAAGUGAUCCAGAAGAAACAUUUCUCCCUUAGGUUGUGCAGGGAUGCCAGUAACUGUGACUUCUCUGAACUAGAGACCAGCCCCCUUCUCAGUCACCUUGAUGGGCCACUCAGGGCUCAGAAGGUGUACUCAAACCACCCAAAAUAUAGUCACUGGUACCGAGUCAGCACUUACAUCUGGCUUUUCCUGGGCUACCCUGUCCUGGUCAUCAUUCACGGCCUCAUCUGCUGCUUCUCCUGGCUCCUGGUGUUCAUCAUUCCAAUUGCCAAGAUGAAUGCCAGGAUGGUGGCCAGGAUCCUACUGGCAGACCCAGAGCAGGUGCAUGUGCAGGCGAUAAAGACAGAGGAUCCCUCGGAUGCCGACACACUUUUGUGCUGUUCUCACGCGGCCAACUCGUAUUACUACAAGUAUACCGUGGAUGGUGUUAAUGUCUUUGCCAUCAACCUCCUGCCCCUGGUACUCGUGACCUUGAUCUUGGGCUAUGUGGACAGCCAGAACCAAUACACGAGCUCUCUGGCCAAGUUCACCCUCUCCCUCCUCUCCAUCAUCCCCCUGUCUUACUUCAUUGGCAUGGCCAUCGCCAGCAUUUCAGCUCAGAGCACUUCUGCUGUGGGCGCUGUGGUGAACGCCACAUUUGGCUCCAUCGUUGAGCUGACGUUUUAUAUCACUGCACUGAUCAAGGGGGCCCAGGAAGGGAACAAAUGCUACGAGGAGGUGGUGAAGUCUGCUCUGACAGGCACUGUGCUGGGCUGCAUCCUCCUUGUCCCGGGUCUCUGCAUGGUGAUAGGGGGAAUCCACCACCCUGAACAGAGGUUUAACAACCGGUCAGCGGGGGUCAGCUCUGCACUGCUCUUCCUGUCUGUGGGAGGUGUGUUUGCCCCGACGCUCUUCUCCAAGGUCUAUGGGAGACUGAUCUGCAGAGAGUGCCAAAACAUUAGCCAUGACCUCUCAGGAAGCUAUCUGUGCCACAGCUGCCGAUUUGACUUGAUGGAGAACAAUGGAACGCUCUACUACAGCCAUGUCCAGCCCUUGGCAUACACAGUGUGUCUCCUCCUCCCUGCCGCCUACCUUGUGGGCCUCUUCUUCACCCUGAAGACUCAUUCCCACAUCUACGACAUCCACAUCAGUGACUACCCCUUGCCUGGGCACCACAACAGUGCUGUGGUUCACUGGCCCCGAUGGCGUGCGCUGCUCUUGCUGCUGCUGUGUACCCUCUGCAUGUCUGCCUGUGCCGACCUGACCACAGAGCACAUCAGCCCCAUUCUGGAGAGUUCUACUGUGUCCCUGUAUUUUAUAGGAGUAAGUGUACUUGCCAUGGUGCCUGAAUUGCCUGAGAUUGUCAAUGGGAUUCAGUUUGCCUUGCAGAACCACCUGAGUCUCAGCAUUGAGAUUGGCAGCUGCAUUGCAGUACAAGUCUGUAUGCUGCAGAUACCCAUCCUGGUGCUGUUCUCCAUCUUCUAUCCAACAGGAUUUAUGCUGUUCUUCAGUGACCUCCACGUCUAUGCCAGCAUGUUCAGUGUCAUUCUCAUGAAUUAUAUCUUUAUGGAUGGCAAGUGUGACUACUUUCAAGGUACUGUGCUGGUGAUGGUCUACUUUCUCCUCCUUGCUGUCUAUUUCUUUGCUCCUUCGCCUGCUGGCUGCUGACAUCUGUUUCCUCCUGGACCUAGCAUUUGGCUGCAUCAGAGAUGACUUUCCUUUGAGGCUGAGGGACCUGUGUAGGUCUUAAGGAUUUACUUCAUCUGGUUUGAAAUCUGCAGAACCACACUGGGAAGCCAGAAGGAGUCAAUCCAAUCUCUCUCCAACCCUAUACCUCUGUUUUUACAUUGCGGGAACUAUUAAAGAAACAAAAGCCGUUGUACUAAGACUUCAUUCCCCUUGAUUGUGAGGGAGAGAGAGAGGACUUGGCUAACCAGAUCCCAUUUUCCCUCGGUCAUUUUUGACUUGCCACAUCCCAGGAUGUCCCAAAAGGACAGUGGUAAAAUGGCCCCAUGUUUUUCAGUCUUAAUCUGUUUAUACUUUAGUAAGGAAGGAAAAUAGUACAGUCACUUUACAGAAACUGCAGGCACCAAGAUUUUGGCCUUGUCCUACAAGUGUAAAGA